AUGAAAUAUGAAGACGAGUAUCUCGCUUUUAACAUUAGCAGCUCAACGACUGUCUCUCAGAAUAAUGUCUACUCAAAAUUUCGAACAGAAGCGCGGAGCACUAAACACCAGCAAGGUAGCGAUUCACGAUCACCUCACGCUGGGCAGAAUCCUGCUUAUUCAAUCGUUUCGCCUCUUCGGAAUACAAGUCUGGAUGCGAAGAAGAGCGGAAUCAAUAAAACUUCGGAAGAUUCAGAUCAGAUAAGAAACAGAAGUUAUACGAACACAAAGAAACUUACGCAAGAACUGGUGGCGUUAAUAUGGAAAAAAGUGGUGCUAAAACUCGAGAACUCGUUGUUUAUGGAAGUGAAUUCCGAUUUGGAUGCCCUAUGCCCGAGCGGCGAUGCGGAACCGAGUGCGACGUUGACUGGUCGACCAAUGGAAAGGAUCCGUGUGGAAGGCUGUUUGGAUACAGUAUCUGAUCUGGCUCGGACUGUUCGGAAUCGUGAGCAUCAUCUACCGCGUUGCACUGACCGAGAGGCAACGUCGGGGACUGUGGAAUGCGCGUUGAUUAACAGCUCAACUCACAGAGAACUCGCUGCAAAACAACAAGCCGAUUGCGGAAUACUCACAAAUUGUGAAGUUUGUUUAUACACAGAAAUAAAAAACAAAACAAAUAGUGACUAA